AGGUUUUUUAUAUCUAUAAUUUGUGGUCUGUGGAGAGUUCAAUACUGAUUUCUGAUUCUGAUUUCAAUUUUCCUUUAUUUGGUGAAUAAGUGCGAUUUUGCUAAAAUAGCAGUGUGAUUUGAAAGUUACGGUCCGAUUCUUUCGUUCACCAGCAAAGAAUCCUUCUUCCACCUUCACUGUGCCAGUGAAAUAUUGUCAAAACGGCUUCGGAAAAGCUAAACCCAACCGAGCAGACAAAUUACAACACAAUGUAUCAAUCCCAAGGCGGCGGGUACCCACAAGGUGGCUACCCACAAGGCGGCUACCCCCAGGGCGGCUACCCUCAGGCUGGAUACCCACCCCAGGCCGGCUACCCCCAGGGCGGUUACCCACAAGGGGGAUAUCCGCCACCACCUCAACCGGGUUUUCAACCUAGCGGCUAUGGAGAGGGCUAUGGGCAACCACCCUACGGCGGUCCGAGCAGCCUUGGCGAAGACGGCGAUGUCAAGGGGUUCGAUUUCAACGAGCAAAGCAUUCGGAAGUCUUUUAUUAGAAAGGUGUACUCCAUCCUGAUGUGCCAGCUGCUGGUGACGAUGGCCUUCAUCACGCUCUUCGUGUACCACGCGCCCACCAAGAUGUGGGUGCGCACCCACACCUACAUGUUCUGGGUGGCGUUCGUCAUAGUGUUCGUGUGUCUGAUCGCCAUGGCGUGCUGCGACAGCGUGCGGCGCCAGGCGCCCAUGAACUUCAUCUUCCUCGGCAUCUUCACCGUGGCCGAGAGCUUCAUGCUCGGCGUCACCAGCAGCAUGUACGAGAGCGACGCGGUGAUGAUGGCGGUGGGCAUCACGGCGGCGGUGUGCCUCGCGCUGACGCUGUUCGCGAUGCAGAGCAAGUGGGACUUCACCGCCAUGGGCGGCGUGCUGCUCUGCGCCACCGUCGUGCUGCUGCUGUUUGGUAUCGUAGCAAUAUUCGUCCGCGGCAAGACAAUGACACUGAUCUACGCGUCGCUCGGCGCGCUCAUCUUCUCCAUGUACCUCAUCUACGACACGCAGCUGAUGAUGGGCGGCAAGCACAAGUACAGCAUCUCCCCCGAGGAGUACAUCUUCGCCGCGCUGAACCUCUACCUGGACGUCAUCAACAUCUUCCUCUACAUCCUGACCAUCAUUGGGGCUGCGAAGGAUUAGGACUUGUAUGUAUUUAUUGACUUGAUUUGUUGGUCUUUUCUUUUUUUUUUUGGUUUGUUUAAAGGUGUAAACCAAGCCAAUUAGACUAAAAGAUUAAUUAACAUGCCAAAUAAUAACACACCGUGCUAGUUUCACCGCUCCAACAUUUAUUAGUCCAAUACAAGAAACCUCUUAACAAUAUUAAAAAUGACCUGAAAUUAAUUCACACGCUAGCGAUAAAAAUUAUAUGUAAAAAUUUAAACAUCCUGUUUAAUUCUGUUUCGUAAGUAUAAGUCAUUGAACUUUGACCUAGUUUAGACUAAAGUGAAUGACCUCAGUUAGCUGCCAUGGCGAUAUGCUAAUAGGUAAAGAACGAUUAUUAAUUCCAGUCAGUAAAAUGACAAUUGCAACUGUCACUGAAAUAUCAUUUUAAUGACUGGAAUUAAUAAUGUUUGAAACUACAGGAUGUUUUAAAUUAAUUUUGAAAAUUUGUUACGAUUGUAACUCCUUGAAAGUGAACUUUGUUUUUUAUAAUAAUAAUGGAUAAUAUACAUUUGUUACUUAAUUUGGGUACGCCAUCUGUUGACCGCCCUAUGAAAACUUACUAUAGCACGUUUGUAUUUCAUACCAAAAGUGCUACUGAAAAUUGCAGCUAAUUAGGUCAUUUUCAAUGCAAGCAAAUCGAAUUAAAUUCUCCUUUCAAAUAGCUGGCCUAUUUAAACGAAAAAAGUUUACAGAAAAAGUGUCAGAUAGUUUAUUUACAUGUCUUUAUUGUUUGACAAAUUUAGGAAACUGACAAAACUUAUAAAUAGAUACACAUAACAAAAGGUGGUGAAACCAGCCUUUACAUUACUAACGUAUAUUUGGCUUGGUAAAGGCCAUAGAUAAGCGAUACCAAGAAUAGCAAUGUGAAGCUGAUUUGACGAGAUACCUAUGUAAUAUAGAAAGUCUCAUCAAAAUCAUUUAAACAUUAGUAUCGUUUGUCUUUGACCUUACUUUAUUUCCGGUUAAAUAAGUGCUUGACGUGCUAGAAGUUAAGUUAUCUUCUGUUAUGUCAGUUGACUGUUAAGGUUAUUAUUUAACGUACAGUUAACUGUUAAGGUUAUUUUUAAACGUACAAGGUUAUUCUUUAACGUACAGUUAACUGUUAAAGUUAUUCUUUAACGUACAAGGUUAUUCUUUAACGUACAAGGUUAUUCUUUAACGUACAGUUAACUGUUAAAGUUAUCCUUUGUAUCUUCGAAUGCAGCAACUCCUAUAAUAAUGAACGAAAUUCAGUAAGUUUGUUUGAUCUUAUAUUAUUUUUUUUAUUUCGAAUAAACUUUUUAUACUAAUAAUACAGCUAUAUAGCUUGCUAGCUACUAUAAUGGCUUUAGACAUCCCUGUGUAAGGGAAAAGGUGGUAUUUAUGAUUUAACUAUAAUGAUUGUUAACUAGAAAUCGAAUAACAAACUUGAAUUUUGUUUCAGUGACCAUAAAUAAAAAAAAUGUAAACUACAUUCCAUGAAUAUAAUACCAUUUUUUUGUUUUGGAACGCUGUAUCAUACAAAAAAUAUAUAUUUGAAAAUGAUAUUAUCUAUUGACUGAUUAGAAUUAUAUAACACGUCAAGUGCGAUCGUUUAACCGCACCACAGACAAUAAAGUCGCUUUUCUAAAAAUACCGUCAUUUAGGGUAACUUUGCAAUUCAAAAUAUUUUGACAGUGUGACAGUCAUUUUUGUGAUGGCAGCUUUUCGAUUUUUUGUUUUGUCAAAUCUAUAACAAAAUUUUUAUUUGCAAACUAUAAAUAAUAUUUUUUGUUACUCUAUACAGAGUGCUCGGGAUUACGUAUUUUAAAAUGCAAGGAAAGAUAAAGGCGUGUGUUACAUGGAUAGCCGGAAGUGUUUGAAUUACUUUGUAUGAAAACAUAAAAAUACUUUUUUUUUAGUUGAAUAAAAAUAGUUCGGUUCCUAUAAAUGGUCUCGUCAACACCCUAAACUUAUGGCAUAUACUCCCGAGCACCCUGUAUAUAAAAAAUCGAGUAUAUAUAUAUUUGAAAAUAUAGUAGCAAAUAUUUCUAAGUUACCCAACUUGAUGUAUUAGUUACCAGUCCUAAACUUGACUGAUUCUAAAAAUCCACUUUCGAAUACUUAUCUACCUACUUAAUAUAUUAAAACUAUAUAUGAUAUAUAAUCUUAUAUUUGCUAAAUUUCUUGUACAUAAAACUUAACUUUUUAUGACUAAAAUUAUAUUUAUCCCUUAAAAAAAAUUAAAAUUUGUUUUGGGGCCUAAUCAAAAAUUCGCUGUUUUCUUAAAAAUGGCUAUUCCUAUAACAAUGAUGUUUGCAGUAAGGGACAGAUCAUUUUAGUCGUAAAAAACAAGUUUCAUUUAGUUUUGUGUACAAAUAGUUUUGGUAGACAUACCUAUUGUUUUAACAAUAAAAUAUAUAUAUGUAUGUUUUAGGAGGACUUAGUAAGUAAUUUAAUCGUAUAUUUGUUUUGAUGUAACUUAAACGAUAUUAUUAUAUGUUUAAAUCGAAUAUGUGCGAAUCUGUAUUUAAAAACUCAAAGCUUAUAUUUGUAUCGUGUAUGUGAAACUUAAAUUUAACUUAGGUUAAAAAACUAAGAUCCCAAAAAACCUAAAAAAAUUCACCCUUAACUUAAAUAAUCGCUGUUUCGCGUAACCGCGUCCGCCGCCGCGUCCGCUCCCGCGACCGCUUGUUUUGUGUGAACAAGCCCUAAAAGUGAGCCAUUAUUUUGCUUGUGAGCUGGUGGCGCGAUAUUUAAUGGCUUCGUAUAUCGUGGCGUCGAUUUACAUUGAUGAAUCAACCAAUGAUGUUUUCGUGGCGUGAACAACAUUUUUAACCAGAGUAGGCACUGUUUGUAGAAAAUUCCUACUCCAAUAGGUACAGGUUCGAAAAGAGAGUGCAACUGCGUAUAGUCUGGCAAGGUCGUUGAUGACACUCCCAUGGUAUGCGGGUGACGGGGGGAAGGGCUGCGCGGGUGGGAAAUCGUGCGUGCGGGGAAGUUAGGUGCAUCUGUCAUUUUUCAUUCAUCGCUACACGCCCCCCGGCCCGGGCGGACUAUCGGGAGUGUUACGAAUGAAGCUGCCAAGCUAUAGCACGGGUAUUUGGUAAAACGUGUUUUCUCAAGCUUUGUACAUUAGUGCAAAAUAAUUUGAGCCUUGUUUUGUAGGUGAUAGAGAUCAUUUUGCAUUUACAUAUACAUAUUUUUUGUCAUAUGUUUAUGGCUUGAUUCGAUUACCCGUUGAAACUAACUAAAUUGACAGAUCGAGAAACCAAGACUGUUUAGAAAAGUGAUUUUUUUAUAUAUUUAAGGAAUUAAUGGAAUGGGUUUUUUUAAAAGAAAUAAUGAAGAUUUGAACGGCUGUCAAUUUAGGUAAGUUUUAAAUUGAAUUACCACAUUAAUAGCAACUAAUAUUAUUAAAUAAUUGUAUUAUUAAUCGAUGUUAUUGUCUCUCAAUGUCAUAGAGUUUAUUGCCGAAAAUAUAUUAUUUCUAAUAUAUGUGUGAUUUUAGAUAAAAAAGCCAGGAUUAUGGGAGUUUUUUUUGCUUUAAAAUAUGUGAUGUUAAUCGAAUAUAGAUUUUUCGUUUGUAUUUCCGAUAUCUUUAUUUAGGGUGUUUAGAGAAAAUCCUCAAAUAUUUACUAAAGCAAUGUAAGAUUUAGUUACGAUUUUUAGGUAAAAUCAAGUUUUCUGGUAUAUGAUAUUGUUGUGUAUUAGCGACACCCUGUAUCAAUGUAGUUUGUAAAAAAAAAAGAGUUCAAAUAAUUAUUAUUUUUCCACGAAUCACGCUGUAUAUAAGCAAAAGACACAUUGAUUCUCGCAUUAUAAUACAUAUUAUGAAUACUAAGUGAUUGUAUUGUAAGAUUUUGUUAUGUUCAAACUUUGAUUUUUUAUUAAAAUUACUGUAACAAUAAA